AUGGAACAGUUCGAGUUCCACCCCGCAACAUCGGCGACCCGCGCCUGGACGCCCCUCGAGCCCGGCAUCGAUGAGAUGCUCCUCAACGCCGACCCCGCCACCGGCCGCCGCACCCUCCUCCAGCGCUGGCAACCUGGCGCCGCUAACCGCCAGCUCUCCGCCUUCGUCCAUGACUACGUCGAAGAGAUCUACCUCGCCGACGGCGACCUCGCUGACGUGCGCCUCGGCCGCCGGUGGGAACGCGGCGCCUACGCGUACCGGAAGCCCGGCAUGAAGCACGGACCCUUCCGGAGCGAGGCGGGCUGUAUGAUGUUCAUCUUGUGUAUUCCCGUGGACGAGGUCGGUAGGGAGGUCAAGGAUCAGUGA